ACGACGACAGGCAGCUGGACGACCUGUGGGUGCUGGACACGCGCCGCCGCCAGGCGCGCUGGCUCUGCCCGCAGACCUCGGGGAGCCCGCCGGACGGCGGCCGGAGCGGCCACAGCGCCACGGCGGUGGGGGGCCGCCUGGUGCUGAUCGGGGGGGAGCGGGAGCUGCAGCGCGAGUUCUUCCACGACGUCUUCGUGCUCGACACGGACCUGCUCACCUGGAGCUCGGCCGGCGUCUCCGGCCGCGCGCCGGUGCCGCGCGGCUGGCACAGCGCCGCCGUGCUGCCGGAGCCGGGCGCGGGCGGCGGCGCCGGCGAGGGCGCUGCGGCAGAGGGCGCGCGCGUGCUCGUGUUCGGCGGCGGCAGGACGCCAGAAGUCGUUGCCAGAGGGCCCGCGCGUCCUCGUGUUCGGCAGCGGCAAGUACAGCCAGUUCUUCAACGACGUCCACGUCCUCGACACCGGCGCUGGCGGCCACCGCUGGCCCGUGCCGCCCACGACCUCGCCCUGGACCUCGGGCGGCUGCUGCUGGACCGGGGCGACCUGGCCGACGUGCGCUUCGCCGUGGAGGGCGGCGCCCGGGAGCUGCGCGCGCACAGCCAGGUGCUUUGCGCCCGCAGCCCCGUGUUCAGCGCGAUGCUGUCGGAGCGUGGGGCGUGGGCCGAGGGGGCCUCCGGCGCCCUGCAGCUCGAGGGCGUCUCGGCCGAGGCCCUCGAGCGCUUCCUGGAGUACCUCUACACGGGCAGCUGCGGCCUCGAGGGCGGGCUCCCCGCGGACGGCGCGGCCGGCCGCGAGGGCGUGGACCCCGGCGUGCGGGGGGCCCUCGACCUCCUCGAGCUCCGCGGCCGGCCGGCCGCCCCGCGGAGGCGGCCCGGGAGCCCUGAGACGGGGGUCGGUGCAAACGGGGGUCAGCCAGAGCGCCCGAUCUUGCAGGAUCCUGCACGGCCAGGGUCGCAUUGACCCGGGUUUGGGUGCAGGACCCUGCAGGAUCCUCUGCAUCGACCCGGGCUUGGGUGCAGGAUCUUGCAGGAGGUUGCAGGAUUCUGCAAGGGCUGACGGACCCGGGUCUGGAUUGACCCGGGUCAGAAGAUCCCC